UGGUAGGGAGUGAUUAUUCCACAGUUUUAAUGGAUACAAUAAUUGCCACAAAUAAGACAAUAAUCAUAGCGAUAAUCGUGACAUAUGAUACAAUAAUCAUAGUGAUGUAUCGGUAAUUAAGAUGAUUUUUUUAGAUUUUUCUUUUAAACUAUUUAAAUUCUCAUAAUAUUUAUACAACCAAAUUGCGAUUUAUCGUAUCAUGACGUUACGGCCGAUCGUCGCAAUAUUGGGAAAAAAAAGCUGAUAGUAGUAGUGUCUUUUCCCCCUUGGAUUCGUCUCAUCUCCCACUCUUGCCAGUGCCCCCAGAGACCCAAAACCAAACCAAACGAGCAGAGCUGCCUCUUGAAGCUCUCGGCUCUGCCUGUGGCUUCCGCUAUUCCAGUCCUCGGGGAGGACACUAGCUCUCCAUCCACCUCCAUGGCCGCUCCCGACAGCGAGCCUGAUGACGCCGUGCUCUUCGUCGGGGUCUCCCUCGUUCUCGGCAUCGCCUCCCGCCACCUCCUCCGCGGCACCCGCGUCCCCUACACCAUCGCUCUCCUCGUCCUCGGCGUCGCCCUCGGAUCGCUCGAAUUUGGCACAAAACAUAGCCUAGGCAAACUCGGAGCUGGCAUUCGUAUCUGGGCUAACAUAAAUCCUGAUCUUCUCUUGGCUGUUUUUCUACCUGCUCUUUUGUUUGAAAGUUCCUUUUCGAUGGAAGUACACCAAAUAAAGAAAUGUAUGGCACAAAUGGUGUUACUUGCUGGGCCUGGUGUCAUAUUAUCGACCUUUUUCCUAGGCUCUGCUCUAAAGCUCACUUUUCCAUACAACUGGAACUGGAAAACAUCAUUGUUGCUUGGUGGAUUGCUUAGUGCAACUGACCCUGUUGCUGUAGUUGCACUUCUAAAAGAACUUGGAGCAAGUAAAAAGCUUAGUACGGUAAUUGAGGGAGAAUCCUUAAUGAAUGAUGGGACGGCUAUUGUUGUCUAUCAGCUAUUCUAUAGGAUGGUGCUUGGAAGAACCUUUGAUGCUGGAUCAAUAAUAAAGUUCUUGUCAGAAGUUUCACUUGGAGCUGUUGCUCUGGGCCUUGCCUUUGGAAUUGCAUCAGUACUGUGGCUGGGCUUUAUUUUUAAUGAUGCAAUCAUAGAGAUUGCUCUUACUCUUGCUGUCAGCUACAUUGCUUUCUUCACUGCACAAGAUGCACUGGAGAUCUCUGGUGUUUUGACGGUCAUGACAUUGGGAAUGUUCUAUGCAGCUUUUGCGAAAACUGCUUUUAAGGGUGACAGUCAGCAAAGCCUGCAUCAUUUCUGGGAAAUGGUUGCUUAUAUAGCAAACACACUCAUAUUUAUACUGAGUGGGGUUGUUAUUGCAGAUGGAGUACUAGAAAAUAAUUUCCAUUUCGAGAGGCAUGGUGCUUCAUGGGGCUUCCUUCUUCUGCUCUAUGUAUUUGUGCAAAUUUCUCGGAUAUUAGUUGUUGCUAUUCUGUAUCCAUUACUACGUCACUUUGGGUACGGUUUGGACUUGAAAGAAGCCACAAUUCUUGUCUGGUCAGGGCUGCGAGGGGCUGUUGCUCUGUCUCUAUCAUUAUCUGUUAAACGUGCUAGUGAUGCAGUUCAGUCCUAUCUGAAACCGGUAGAUGGAACAAUGUUUGUGUUCUUCACUGGUGGCAUUGUGUUUCUCACAUUGAUUUUGAAUGGGUCUACCACACAGUUCUUGUUGCAUCUACUUGGAAUGGACAGAUUAUCAGCAACAAAGCUUCGCAUAUUGAAUUAUACAAAAUAUGAAAUGCUAAACAAGGCAUUGGAGGCUUUUGGUGAUCUUAGGGAUGAUGAGGAACUUGGUCCCCCUGCUGAUUGGGUUACUGUGAAGAAAUAUAUCAAAUGCUUGAAUGAUCUGGACGAUGAGCCUGUGCAUCCCCAUGCUCUUUCUGACAGAAAUGGUCGCAUGCAUAGCAUGAACUUAAGGGACAUCCGUGUGCGGCUUCUAAAUGGUGUUCAAGCUGCUUACUGGGGAAUGCUUGAAGAGGGACGAAUAACUCAAGCUACCGCAAAUAUUUUGAUGAGAUCAGUUGAUGAAGCUAUGGAUCUCGUUCCUAGCCAAGCAUUAUGUGAUUGGAAGGGUUUGCGGUCUAAUGUCCAUUUUCCAAAUUAUUAUAGAUUCCUUCAAAUGAGCAGGUUGCCACGAAGGCUUAUCACUUACUUCACAGUAGAAAGACUGGAGUCAGGAUGCUACAUUUGUGCUGCAUUUCUCCGUGCUCAUAGAAUCGCAAGACGGCAGCUACAUGAUUUUCUUGGUGAUAGUGAGGUAGCAAGAAUUGUUAUUGAUGAAAGUAAUGCUGAGGGAGAGGAAGCUAGAAAAUUCUUGGAAGAUGUCCGCGUUACAUUCCCUCAGGUGCUUCGUGUGCUCAAGACUCGACAAGUGACAUAUUCAGUUUUGACCCACUUGAGUGAGUAUAUUCAAAACCUCCAGAAGACUGGGUUGCUGGAAGAGAAGGAAAUGGCCCAUCUAGAUGAUGCUUUGCAGACAGACUUGAAGAAGUUCAAGAGGAAUCCACCAUUGGUGAAAAUGCCAAGAGUGAGUGAUCUUUUGAACACUCAUCCAUUAGUUGGUGCACUGCCUGCUUUGAUGCGUGAUCCUUUAUUGAAUAGUACAAAAGAAACAGUAAAAGUUCAUGGCACAAUCCUUUACAGAGAGGGAUCAAGGCCAACUGGUAUAUGGCUUGUUUCUGUUGGAGUAGUAAAGUGGACAAGUCAGAGAUUAAGUAGCAGGCAUUCAUUGGAUCCAAUUUUUUCACAUGGAAGCACUUUGGGCCUAUAUGAGGUGCUGAUCGGAAAACCUUAUAUCUGUGAAAUGGUUACAGAUUCUGUGGUUCACUGUUUCUUCAUUGAAGCUGAAAAGAUGGAACAAUUGCUUCAGUCAGAUCCUUCUAUCGAGGUUUUUCUGUGGCAGGAAAGUGCUCUAGUCGUUGCCAGGCUUAUGCUCCCUAUGAUGUUUGAGAAAAUGGCAACACAUGAGCUCAGGGUUCUCAUCACUGAAAGAUCUACUAUGAGCAUCUACAUUAAGGGCGAGGAAAUUGAAAUUGAGCAGAAUUACAUUGGCAUCUUACUGGAAGGAUUUUUGAAGACCAAGAACCAAACUUUGAUCACUCCUCCAGGGUUAUUGCUGCCAUCAAAUGCUGACUUGAACUUAUUUGGUCUCGAGUCCUCAGCUAUAAAUCGCAUUGACUACUGCUAUACAGCACCCUGCUAUCAGGUGGAGGCUAGAGCAAGAAUUUUGUUCGUUGAGUUAGGGAGGGCAGAGGUAGAGGCAGAUCUUCAGAGGAGUGCGUCAUUGAUAUCUCAAACCCUUGAAUUGCCUCGGACACACAGCAAGGAGCACAGCGGUUUGCUCAGCUGGCCGGAAAGCUUCCGAAAAUCCAGGGGUGCUCAUAAUACUGCCAGCUUAGCUGAAAUCAGAGACCAUCCAGCAAGCUUCUCUGCAAGAGCAUUGCAGCUGAGCAUGUACGGCAGCAUGAUCAAUGACAUGCAGGCCGGUCAGGGUGAGAGGAGGCAGUGGCAUCGUCACACAAAAUCGUCCAACAGUAAAGGGCACAGCUCGUCAUACCCAAGAGUGCCUUCGAAGUCGUCCAACACGCAGAGGCCCCUGCUGUCCGUGCAGUCCGAGGGUGCCAACAUGAGGACGGCUGCUCCUCCGGCGGAGGCGGCAGGACGGCGGCGGCAGCGACAACGCAAGGCGAUAGAAGAGGACGAGGACAACUCGAGCGAUGAGGAAGAGGUGAUUAUCAGAGUCGACUCUCCCAGCAUGCUCACAUUCCGUCAGCCAUCUGCUGAUCAUCAGUUACCGCAACCCAAGUAACCAGUGGAUCAUCGUCCAAAAUAUUUGCAGAUUUCCUUAUCGCUUGCGUAUCUCAAAUAUAAUAUAUUUACCAUCUAGAGCACUAAUAAAGAAGAAUCGCUACACGUCUCUCUUAUUUGAGAUGGUGAUUGCUUCACUGGUUAGCUCAUUCCCUUCCGUACGCAUAGACAACUAAUUUAUCUAUGUUUUGCUUCAUAUAUUAUUCGUUUUUUUUGGUGCAAUGUAAAAAUUGGUAUAUACAUACUCGAUCGGAAAUGUUGGUGACUAUAAAUUGUUGCUUCUGUCAAACAGGCAAAUGCUGGCUAUGGCAUGGCCUAAUAAAGUGAUGAUGUUGUUUU